CUCGGCACGCCCAGCCGGUGUCUGCCGCCGACUUCCUGCUCCAUCUGCACGGACUGCGGCAUGAGGCUGGAUGGAGGCUUGGCGGCGGCGCUCUUAGUCUUCUGCUGGCUUCAGGCAGCCGGCAGGUCGGGAGCCUGGAUGUUCGAGGGUUUGCGGAGCUACCUCGGGAUGGAAAGCUGCGACAACCAGUGGAUCAGUUUUAACAGCACCGGACUCGAAGUGGAGUUGAAAGAAAAGCUGUUUGGACAACACUUGGCGAGCCAUGCCAUUCUGAAGGCAGUGACCGGCUUCUUGAACCGUGAGAACUCCAAGAAGCCCCUGGUUCUGUCUUUUCAUGGCUGGUCGGGCACAGGCAAGAACUAUGUUACCAAAAUGAUUGCCAACCAUCUGUACAGGGAGGGCAUGAGGAGCAGCUUUGUGCACCACUUAAUUGCCACUAUUCACUUUCUACAUGUGGACAGGACUGAUUUGUAUAAGGAGCAGCUGCAGCAGUGGAUCAAGGGGAAUGUCAGCAGCUGUGCGCGGUCGCUCUUCAUAUUCGAUGAGAUGGACAAGCUGCAUCCCGGCCUCAUUGACGGCAUAAAGCCAUACUUGGACAGCCAUGACCAUGUGGACGGAGUGUCGUAUCGCCAGGCCAUUUUCAUCUUCCACAGCAAUGCAGGUGGAGAGAAAAUCAACAAGGUGGCUUUGGACUUCUGGAAAGAUGGCAGACAACGUGAGGAGAUCCAGCUGAGUGACCUUGAGGCGGCCGUGUCGCUGGACGUCUUCAAUAGCAACCAGAGUGGUCUCUUUCACUCCGACAUCAUUCAACACAGCCUGGUGAGUGUGUUUGUGCCAUUCCUGCCUCUUGAGAUCAAACACGUCUGCCAGUGCGUGAGAGCGGAGCUCGGCUCCCGUGGCAGGAAAGUCAACGAGAAGAUUGUGAGUCAAGUGGCCAGAAGCAUGAGCUACACUCCCAAGGAUGUACGUGUGUUUUCUGUUGAUGGCUGCAAGAUCGUGGAGACGAAGGUGGACCUUAACACUGAUGAAACGGAGCUAAGAGAUGAGCUCUGAGCAGCAUGGACCACCGAGGCGCAGCACUCUGGUAUGUGUGGGGAGGCUGCCAUCUGCUGCCAUGUGCCUUGUGUGUCAUUUGAAGCAGGUGGAAUUUUAUUGGCAUUUCUGCCAAUUGGCACCCACUUCCACCAAGUGCUUUGGGAAUGGGAUAGCAAUGCAGAGUGGUGGCCUGCUGUGGCAGUCGGGCACUCGGAUGGGGGGCUUUGCAGGGUCACCUUUGCACACCUGUAUGGCGUUGUGGUUGGCACUUCUUUUACACUCUGGUCUCAUCUGAGCCCCUGUUGCUUUUCGACUGGUUGUUUGCUACUAAAAUGCUCCAAGGAUCUCUUAGGGUCGUCUUUUGCCUUAUCUGCUGUAUUCCUCCCUGAUGUCCUUCUCACUGGUUGAGCUCCUGUUCACAUCGGCGUUAUUAGCUGUCCGUUUUAUCCUUUAUGAACCCACUGUAGAGGUGUGUUUUUAAUUUCCUGCUAAUUCCAAAUGUAAUGCGGGACAGGGCCACACCGAUGUUUCUUACCUGCUCCUCGACUCUCUCCACACCUUUUCCCAGUCCAUCCUACUUCGACUUUGACACAUCUGCUCAUCAUUUGUCCUACCAAAGUGAAACUUAACAGUUUUAGUCUUUGCAUCCGCACUCUUCUAAAACAUGGAGAAUCGUGGUAUAGUCUGGUCACGUGACCCGCCUGGUCCAAUCACUUUGACACCCACAGUUCUGUCCUGAUCACCCAGACAGGCUUCACCCCACGUUGUUGUGCUCAAACACACUUGCUGAUUACGUCAGGUUAUCCCAGUUAAUGGUGGUGGUGGGGGGGUAGUUAAUGUCCCCCAUGGCUGUAAUAUCCCCUUGUAAAGUCGCUUUUCAAUAUUAAAUGACUCGGGCAAAGCCAGAUGUCCUCACUAAGAUGGGGCUUAUCGUCCAAGUGACGAGGCCUUGUGUUUAAAGCCACUGCCACCUCUUUCUGUUCUGUCUCUCCUUCCUGUACCCCUCCAUGUUCUACUCAUCCCCAUCAUAACUCUGCUCCCUUGUUUAAUGUUUGUUACUUGUAGCAUGAAGGCGGUGAUUCUGCAUGUGU